AUGGGCAGAGGGAAAAAUUUCAAUGUCAGUGAUUCAUCUAGCCAAAAAUCCGGCAAAGGCGCAAACAACAUCAAACGAAGACGAGGCAAGCAGCACGAGCCCACCGACGCAGUUCCAGAGCGAGUCAAACCUCACGUAACCGUGCCCGAGACGAUACCCUAUACAACACCGGCAUCCGAAUUCAUAUACGGAUUAUCCGCGGUGGAAGCAGCGUUGCGAUGCACGCGCCGCAAGUUAUACAUGCUAUACAUAUACCAAGCGGCUGGAGAAGAACUCAGUUCCGAAAAGAUUGCUCUGCGUAAACUAGCGCUCGCCCGCGGAAUACAGGUCAAAAUGGCUUUUGCUGGCUGGGACAAGAUUCUGGAUAAAAUGAGCACUGGUCGUCCUCACAAUGGUCUUAUUCUCGAAGCGUCGCCUAUGCCGCAGAUCCCAGUUAGUAGUCUACAGCCUGUUUCUUUGCCUACGGAUGAGUAUUUCGAAGUAGGCCUGGAUAAGCAGUCGGUGGAAGAAGCUGAGGUUAAUGGCUCGAGCAACCGCAUUGCACGGGUUGAGCGAUUCGAAGAAGUCGCCAAGUCCCGUUACCCCUUGGUCAUCCUUCUAGAUGGUAUCCUCGACCCUGGAAAUAUCGGAGCAGUUAUUCGGUCUGCAUACUACCUUGGUGUCGACGCACUCGUCCUGACAGGCCGCAACUCCGCGCCCCUGACACCGGUCACAAUAAAAGCUAGUGCAGGCGCCGCCGAAAACAUGACGAUCCUAAAAGCCAACAAUGAGAUCGACUUCAUCCGCCGAUCCCGCGAAAACGGCUGGCGCUUCUAUGCUGCUGAUUCCCCUCAAAACGUCGCUGAUUUGGCUGCGACGCACGGUACAUUAGCCGAUGACACGGCUUCUAUUGCCGCCAACGAGAUAAAUCACGGCGCAAGUCUUUUAGCAACUGCACCCACUGUCCUCAUGCUCGGCAACGAGGGAACGGGUCUAUUGCCUCGCAUCAAAGCCCAAGCGGAUGGCUUUGUCUCUAUCCCCGGAGCACGUAUCAGGCCCAACCUGGGAAUCAAUGAUGCUGCUCGUGUCGAUAGUUUGAAUGUUAGUGUUGCAGCGGCUUUGUUGAUGGAGAUGCUGAUGCGGGUUCCUCUUCGGGUUGCGAGUGCUGUGCCGGUUGCGUCGGCUGGUUCGACGAAGACUACAAAAGAGACAACUCCAAGAUCUUUCGAUUUCAACUAG